AUGGGAAAAAAUCCGCCUAAGUGGCUGCCUGGGGAGCGGGUGAAGGAGACACUCCUUCUGCAGCGCAAGUCGGUGGAGCAGCUGCGGGCAGACCGUGUCCUGCGCCGAGAUAAGCUGCAGGAGCGGCGUGAUCGUCACAAGGCGAAGCUGGACGCGAAACGGAAGCGGAAGCUCUCCGCGAAGAAGUUCAUCUCGGCGCAAACUAUAUUGAAACAUGCGCAGCGCAAGGAGCGGCAGGGACAUGUAUUCCGCAAGAUUGGCGAGAAGGUGCAGGGCAAGCGGAGCCGCACGCCACCCAACGAGUACAAGCAGCGCCUUGCCGACAGUCGCGUGGUCCUCAUUGUGCGGGCUCGGGGUAAGCAGAUCCCGCCCGAGGUCGCCGCGGCGUUCCGGCGCUUGGGACUGGAGAAGUUGUACGCUGCGCGGCUGCUGUGCCUCGACCCGCGCAGCGACCACCUGGUACAGCAGCUCGGGCCGUUCUGCGUUGUGGGUCACCCCGAGCCUGCGCAGCUGGAGGAGCUGCUUCGCACCCGCGCCGCCCUGUGGAACGAGGAGACGCAGACGAAGCGGCUCAUCAGCGGCAACCUGAUGCUCGAGCAGGCACUAGGUGCAUACAACGUGCUGUGCAUCGAGGACCUCUGCGACACGAUCAUCAAUAAAUCCGAGCAUGUGCAGGAGGUGCUGCGGCACAUAGCGCCCUUCGACUUCCACCCGCCGCGCCAGCUCUUCAUGGAGCGUCACCGUUCCGUUCACCAGAAACUCGAGGUGAUAAAUAAGGAUUCCUUCGCUGCCUACCUGGCUCAGCAGCUCAAGGGCGCCGCCAAACGGGAGAAGAAGGCAGCUGCUUCCAAUAAGAGAAAGGCGGCCAAGAAAUCAUCGCUGUCGUCUUAG